AUGGCCGAGGUAAAAUUGGGCGCUCGGAUCGCCGAGCUGGGCUGCCAUGGAGAAGUUGAGACCAGCUUUCUGCUGGUCUGCUUCAACUCCAUCCACCCCAUGUGUAUAAAUCUGGCCGAGGUUGUAAUACGCAUCGGUGUCACGCCCGUGCUUGGCGGCCCUUUCGUACAGUUGAAUGGCGCGCUUGGGGUCUUCCUUUAAAACCUCGUUUGCGACGGCGACCAUCGCCUGGAAAUUCUCCUGUUCCGCUGCCAUUUCGAGCCAAUGCAGUGCCUCAGCUCUUUUCCGUUGCGCUUGAUCCUCCGCUUCCUUCGCUUUGUGCUCCUCGAACGCCCGAGCCUGGGUAUCCGAAAAGCCCGCCUUCCGCCUCGCCUUUCUCACUUCUCUCACCAUUUUCGCUGGCGAGGGUUGUUCGUUGAGCUCCGUGCCAUCCUCAAGGGAGAGUGCCACGCGUGCGUGUACGCCGCCCUCUUCAUCCUGCUCGAGGACCAACUGCUCGCCGCUUACGGACUUCUUCUCCUCGGCUGCUUGCAAGUGGUCAAGAAGCAGGCGGCCCAGUGUUGCUUGCGCUAGGGAAUCGCCGGCCUGGGCCGCGCCGCGCAGCAGAGUUUCAGCCCGCUCGCUGUCGAGCGCGACUCCGAGCCCGUCGCGAUGGAGCACGCCCAGCAGUGCCUGCCCGCGCAAACUGCCACCGGCCACUGCACUGUUGACUAGGGACACAAUUUUGGACAGCGUGGAGGAGUCUGCGGGCGCUGAUGUCGCGUAGAGCUCGCGGAUGAGGACUUCGGCUUCGGCAGCGGGACUUGACGGGUCGGCGGUACUCUGUGUGCUCCACUGGCGCAUGGAUGUCGACGGGGAAAGGAAAACAAUUGGCUUUUGCCAUUUUGCAGCAGCGCAAAGGGGCCUGCACAGGGAACGUCCUAGGGUGGCGAGGGACAUGAUGGUGAGGAUGGAGGGGCGUGUCGGAGAAGAAUGUCGGAGAAGAGUGUCGGAGAGGAAGGGUGAAGAGGAGAAUGCUUCCGAAGAAGUAGUAAUCGUGGCCGUCGACGUUGAUUGGUGUUGCUCUGUGACUGCGAGUGACGAUAGGCGGAAUUGGGAAGAGUUUGCGGAAUGGAAAAAAAUUCCAAACCACAAUAAAACCCUCCCAGCAAGGGGUCAGCAAGGGGUUACUGUGCCCACCUGUA